AUGGAUUAUCUCUUCUGGAGAAAGAGCAACAUUGUCGAGCCAAAUUUAGAUUGGGGUCCUUAUCCCUGGAUAAUCUGGUACAUUUGGAAGGCAAUAAAUGAUAAACUUUUUAGGAAAAUAGACAGAGAUCCUUUGGAGCUAGUUCGCUAUUCAGAGAGUGAGUGUCAAGCCUGGUUCAAUGCAAACGAGAUGGUUCCAUCAACUCCACAAGACCAUAGUAUUGACAAACCUCAAGUCUUAAGCUUGGGCAAUAUUUACAUGAUAGACGGGUCAUGGACUUUUACAGCACAGUUUAGCGGGUGUGGAUGGACUUGGAUAGACAACUUGGGAAAGGUUCAACUUAUGGGGACACGAAACUAUAUUCGGCGAGAGUCUGCCCUGCAUUCAGAAGUGGAACCACUGAGAUGGGCAAUGGAGAGCAUGCUUCAGCACUCGACAUGUCACAGCUUCGGAACGUACUGCAAGGAUUUGAUCGCCAUGAUUAAGGAGUCCUGA